GAAUGCCGGCCGUUUUAAAAAGACGAGACAAACAAAAGUUCUGCGCAGACACCAAAUUCAUAUUUCGCCGUUAUCAUUACACGUCAUUGUGCAAGCAAUGAAGCAAUCGUACGAUUCCGACCGUUCAAGCGACGCUUUGGUUAUAUCAUAGUGACACAAUCUGCAUAGGUAGCAUUUUUGAAAGUACGUGUAAUAGCAAUUCGCUUGUUCGUGCUCAUGCUACGGGGAAUUCUCUUCAGUCUGUACACAAGAGUGAACAAAUUCUGUAUCGCUGCUGUAGUCGUCAAUCGAUCGUCUGCACACAGAAGCCAUACGGGGCCCAGAAUAAUCGAAAUCGUCUGAUUUUCCUGCAUACACGAAAAAUGGCAUCAAGUCACGGAUCCAGGAACUCUGACGAAGAUACGAACACACGCCAACUGUUAAAGGAUGUAAAUGAAAUGAUUUUGAAGCACCAUGACAAGGCUACCGAUAGAACGACGCCGGUUGUAAAAUUUCGCACUCCAGAUGAAUUGGCUUCAGUUAUCGACUUCGAUGUCGGCUCCGAUCCGGUGAAUGACGAAGCAAUAAAAAGAUUAUGCGAAGCAACUUUCGAGUAUAGCGUUCAUACAGAUCAUCCGAGGUUCUUCAAUCAGCAAUUCUCCGGAGUGGACAAAUAUGCUCUUGCGGGCGAGCUUGUAGUGGCAGGAGUAAAUAGCAAUGCACAUACUUUUGAAGUAGCUCCAGUUUUCGUUAUGGCGGAGAAAGCUGUGAUAAAAAAGGCCCUCAAAGUGUUCGGUUAUGAGCAUGGGGAAGGAACAUUUUGUCCAGGCGGCACCUAUUCCAGUAUGUUGGCAACCAAUCUUGCGAGAUAUCAUAAGUUCCCAGAUGUUAAGGGUAAGGGGAUCAUUGGUGGUCCUCGAUUGGUAAUGUUUGCCUCAAACCAAGCUCAUUACUCAGUGGUAAAAAAUGCAGCUUUAAUGGGUAUUGGUAGUGAUAACUGCAUCAAAAUAGCAUGUGAUAAUGAAGGUAGAAUGAUAGUUUCGGAGCUGGAAAAGGAGAUUCAAAAAGCUAAAAAUGAGGGUGCCAUUCCAAUAUUUGUUGUGGCAACAGCAGGAACGACUGUUUUGGGGGCUUUCGAUCCAUUCAACGAAAUCGCUGACAUUUGCGAAAAGCAUGGAAUUUGGAUGCACGUUGACGGCUGCUGGGGUGGAAGUUUGAUGUUGUCUAAAAAGUAUAAGCAUAUUUGCAACGGAAUAGAAAGGUCAGAUUCAUUAGCAUGGAAUCCCCACAAAAUGAUAUCGAUGCCAAUUCAGUGUUCUUUACUUGUGACCAAACACGAGGGCUUAAUGAGCAAAGCUCAUGGAUUGGAUGUUCCAUAUCUGUUCCAACCUAAAAAACCGUAUGAUGUGAAGUAUGACGUGUCAAGGGACCUGAUACAAUGUGGAAGACGGGCCGACGCUUUCAAGUUGUGGUUGGCAUGGAAAGCUCGGGGAGAUGAAGGUUUUGAGAAACAUGUUGACAAGGCGAUGGAAAAUGCGGAAUAUUUUUUGGAACUGGUCAAGAAGCGUGAUAAUUUUAGACUUGUCACGCAGCAGCCCAAGCUGACAAACAUAUCAUUCUGGUUCAUUCCACCGAGUCUUCGAAACCAGAAAGAGGAUGACGAGUUUUGGGAAAAAAUGCAUUUAGUGGCUCCAACGAUUAAAACAAGAAUGCAAAAAGAUGGAACGAUGUUGGUUGGUUACCAACCGCUGGAAUCCCUCGUCAAUUUCUUCCGCAUGAUUGUCAUAAACAAUCGCGUGACACACGAAGACAUAGAAUUCGUGCUGGAUGAAAUUGAAAGAAAAGGUGCAGACUUGUGAUAAUACCUCCACCACUUCUCAUAUGACAAAAGCACAUAUAUAAAGAAGCAAUAAUUUAUUAUAAUUAAAAAAAAAAUCAUUGAAAUAUAGAUAAAUUCUAAUUCGAAAAAGGUUGAGCCAACACCACUUGACCUCUACUUUAAAUUUCAUCCAUUUUUGAUGUUCAAAUAAUAAACGCCUUAGAAUUGAUUGAAGCUUUGUUAAAAACCUUUCGAAAAGGGACAGCUGCUCAGAAAAACAAGAUUUUAUUCACAGUAAUAGUGCAAGCAUAUAUUUGCUCACGCAGGUUAUAUAUGGUCAUGUUGUAGGAUUCCAGACACAAGCUAAACUGUACAAAGCAAAAGACGAGAAUAUCAACCUUAUCGAUCGAAAGUUAGGGGAUCCCCCAAAACAGCGCUCCUAGUCCAUAGUGUCCCAUCACUAAUUAAUUAAUAACUCCCUAAUUAUUCGACAUAAUUCGCCCAAAAUCAAUAGGCUUCUGGUC